CCAUAUCUUCUCUUUUCUCUCAUCUCCACCACUCUCUUACUCUCAACUCUCUCUCUCUCUCUCUCUCUAGAAAUACAGUGAGAGCAGACUUCACUGCUCGGUUUCUUGAAAAUCCGGCGAGAAUUUUUUCACUGUGAAUCUCAAGUUCUCCGAUUGUUGGAUGACGGACUAUAGGCUGCCGUCGACGAAUCUCUGGGCCGCCACGGCGGCCGGCGCCGCCGGCGAUGACGCUUCCAUGAUGGAGGCGUUCUUGUCCUCCGAUAUGCCCCAGUUUUGGCUCCCGCCGUCUAGUAAUAAUACCACCACCGCCAUCAACGCCGCCGGGUCGGCGGCGAUGAAUACGACAACUUCUCACGCACCGUCUCACGCGCCACCGGUGACGGCGGCGUUCAACCAGGAGACGCUGCAGCAGCGGCUGCAGACGCUGAUCGACGGCGCGCAGGAGAGCUGGACGUACGCGAUUUUCUGGCAGAGCUCCGUCGACGAUUUCGCGGCGCAGGCGUUUUUGGGGUGGGGCGACGGGUACUAUAAAGGGGAGGAGGACAAGGCGAAGCGGAGCAAGAAAGGGUCGUCGCCGGCGUCGAUAGCGGAGCAAGAGCACCGGAAAAAGGUCCUCCGGGAGCUCAAUUCUUUAAUCUCCGGCCCGGCCUCCACCGACGACGCCGUCGACGAGGAAGUCACGGACACCGAGUGGUUCUUCUUAGUCUCCAUGACCCAAUCAUUCAUGACCGGUUCGGGCCUCCCGGGCCAAGCCUUCUACACAUCGAACCCGGUCUGGCUCGCUGGACCGGAACGGCUCGCUAGCUCGGUCUGCGAACGAGCCAGACAGGCCCAGGGGUUCGGGCUCCAAACCAUGGUGUGUAUCCCGUCGGCGAACGGCGUCGUAGAGCUCGGAUCGACGGAGGUGAUUUUUCAGAGCACAGAUUUGAUGAACAAAGUCCGGGUUUUGUUCAAUUUCAAUAACCCCGAUUUGGGUUCCCUCUCCGCCUCCGGCUCCUGGGCGGCGGCGCCGGAAAACGACCCGUCGGCGCUCUGGCUCACCGACCCCGGCGUGGAAGUUAAAGAUUCCGUCAACACAAACGUCCAAGCAAACUCCUUUCCCUCCUCAAUCACCAAGCAAAUCGUGUUCGGAAACGAAAACCCAAAUCCAGAAACCGUCCAAACCCAAAACAAUUCCCAGCUUUUCCCCCGAGGAUUAAAUUUCUCCGAGUUCGGCCUCGACGGCGCCGCCGUCAGAAACGAAACGACGUCGCUUUCCUGCAAGAGAGAGUCCGGGGAGAUCUUGAAUUUCGGUGAAAACGCCGUUAAAAGAAGCGCCUGCACCGGAAACGGGAACGACGCCAUUUUUCCCGGCCAGUUUCCGGCGACCGACGAGAACAAAACCAAGAAAAGAACAACCACUUCCCGGGGGAGCAACGACGAGGGGAUGCUUUCUUUUGUUUCCGGCGUGGUGGUGCCGGCCGCCGCCGCCGCCGGAGGCGACUCCGACCACUCAGAUCUCGAAGCCUCGGUGGUGAGAGAAGCCGACAGCAGCCGGGUGGUGGAGCCGGAAAAACGGCCGAAGAAGCGCGGCCGGAAACCGGCGAACGGCCGGGAAGAGCCGCUGAACCACGUAGAAGCGGAGAGACAACGGCGGGAGAAACUAAACCAGAGAUUCUACGCGCUACGCGCCGUCGUGCCCAACGUUUCAAAAAUGGACAAAGCGUCCCUCCUCGGCGACGCUAUUUCGUACAUAAACGAAUUAAAAUCGAAGCUCCAAUCCACCGAGUCCGCCCAGGAAGAUCUGAAAACCCAAUUGGAAUCCUUAAAGAAAGAACUCUCAACCCGAGAAUCCGGCCGACCCGACCCGCCGCCGACCGACCCGCCCCCCAAACUCGCCGGCAAAAUCGUGGAUAUCGACGUGGACGUGAAAAUAAUCGGCUGGGACGCUAUGAUUAGAAUACAAUGCAGCAAAAAGAACCACCCGGCGGCGCGUCUAAUGGUGGCGCUUAAAGACCUCGACCUCGACGUCCACCACGCCAGCGUGUCCGUGGUCAACGAUUUAAUGAUCCAACAAGCCACGGUCAAGAUGGGCAGCCAUGUUUACAACCAAGAAGAGCUCCGCUUAGCUCUAACUUCAAGCAUCACUUCAAAUCGUUAAAAUCCCGGGCCAGUAUUGGCCCGGGCAAUCUGUCACACAAAAAUCAACCGAGGGCCACUGGUCCAACUAAUCAAGGGCCAAUGGUCCGAGCAAUUUAGAACCUGUGUUGAUUUCCGUGGUUGAUUCCCGUGGCUGUCUCUCGACUCAAUUUCUAUGACUGAUUCCUGUUGCAGUCUCUCAUGGCAGAUUGCAGUGGCUGAUUUCCGUGGCUGAUUCUCGUGGCUGUCUCCCAUGAUCCAGUGCUUGUAUCACCCGAACAUCUAUGUGUUAGAUGCAUCUGUAUUAUAUAUUUGUUAUGAACUUAUGAUGAUCAGACAAAUAGACAGAAGGGCUGUUUAAGUAUGCUUUAGUGGGUAUAUAUUGUUGUUAGACUAUUUUAGUUCUGUUUUAUUGAUUUUAAGUUCUAAUUCCGGACUCCAUUAAUGUCUAGUCUUUGUGAAUUCUGUGGUGCAUUUGUACAUAUCAAAUUUCUGCAGAAUUGUAUAGAGAUGAGAUGAAGUUCAAUCCUCCAUUGUUGUUA